UAGCACAGUAGCACUUUAGCUCGUGCAAACCCUAAUGUUAGGCCGUCUGUCGUCCGCACGUUAUUCCGAGCACUCCAAAAUACACAUCUGACCUCUAAAUUUAGGAAUUGUGAACUGAAAGUUGAGAGAGUUUUGAUUUUAGAGAGAGUCGCACAGUCUUUCUUGAAGAAUUAUAUGGAGCUUCAUUUGCUCUCCUUUCCACAUGCCUCAAAUCAUGCUUUUAUCUCCAUUAAAGUUUCUAAGACCUUUCCUUUCUAUUCCUCUCUACCAUUUCGCAUCUCUCUCUUCUUCAUUGAAUUCAAAUACCACAUUUUCUGCUUUUCAAAGAAACAGCUUCAACUCUCGCCCUGAAUUCCAACCCACCAUUGUUGAUCAACUCCUUUUCUCUCUCCGCUCAGAACCCACUUCAGCAUUUCGGCUAUUAGAAUGGUAUCAGAAAGUUGUAGGGUUGAAUCCUUCUCUUCACUCCUAUUGUAGCCUUGUUCAUAUAUUACUUUGUCAUCGCAUGUUUUCUCAUGCACACCAGGUGUUUGAUAAAAUGCUUGAGAGGUUUAAUGACUUGGAUGUGUUUGAGGCAUUUAAUGAGGGUUUUAGGACCUAUGAAACUAAUCCUAACACUGUUCAUAGCUUCUUGCUGGCUGGGUUAUGUCGAAAUUGUAGGUUUAAUGAGGGUGUUAAUGUUUUCUUGAAAAUGUCGAAGAUGGGUGUCGAUGUUGCUCCCUAUGCAUUGAGGACUAUGCUUGAUUCGUUGGUUGCUUCACAUUGCGUUGAUGGGAUUACUAGUGUACUUGAUGAAUUGUGUGGACAAGCGAUGAAUAAAUCGAAACAAGGUUUUAAUGUUUAUGAGUUUGCUAUGAGGAGUUUUGUUAGUAAUCAUCUGAUUGAAAUGGCUUUGAACUUUCACCGGAAGAUGAUUGAUAGGGGCUCGAUGCCAAAUAUCGUUGAUUGUAAUAAGGUACUGAAGACUCUUUGUAAGGAGACUUUGAUAGAAGCUGCAUCACAAUAUUUUACUACAAUGCUAGAAGUGGGUCCAAGUCCGAAUUUGGUGACAUUUAGUACCUUGAUUGACUUACAUUUCAAGAGAAAGAGUUUGGAUGGGGCGUUCAAGCUUUACAAUCUUAUGCAGCAGAGAGGUAUAUCUCCAGACUUGAUUGUAUAUAGUGUUAUUAUUGAUGGCCUUUUUAAGAAUGGGAAUCUUAAAGAAGGUUAUCAGCUUUUGACUGAGACUUUAGAGAAGGGUAUCAAGUUUGAUGCUAUCAUUUACGGCUCAAUCAUGGAUUCAUAUGUGAGAGCAGGAAACUUAGGAAAGGUAGUUGAAGUGUAUAGAAGAAUGUUGAGCGAAGGAAUCUCACCUAGCAUAGUUACUAAUGGCAUUCUCAUAAAAGCUUUAUGCCAAACUGGCCGUGUUUCUGAAGCUACUGGCAUCUUUGGUGACUAUGUGAAACGAGGUUUGGAGCCUUCUGUUUUGGCUUACAGUAAUCUCAUUGAUGGUUUCUGCAAAUUGGGACAUUUGAAAGAGGGAUUCAUAUGGUAUAGGAAGAUGCUGGCACAUGGACAUAUCCCUGAUCUUGUUGUAUAUGCUGUACUUAUUAAUGGGCUUAGCAAACAAGGUUAUGUGGAUGAAGCUCUUCAGUUUUUCUUUCAAGCCUCAAGGAAGGGUAUGCAACCUAAUGUAUCUAUAUUUAAUGUCCUAAUAGAUGGUUAUUGUAGGUUGAACCAAAACAGGGAUAUGAUGAAGGUGUAUAGUCUAAUGCCACUGAUGGCCAUAAAUCCUGAUGCUAUAACUCGCACUUUGCUUCUUAAAGCACAAGUUGCUCAGGGGAGAAAUGUCGAUGCUUUGAUUCUCUUCUUUCAAAUGGUUAAGCUUGGCGUCCCUUUAGAUGCCAUUACGUAUUGCACACUGGUUCAUGGCUUCUGUGAGCAGAAAAACUUGAAAGCCGUCUUAUAUAUUGUUCAGCUGAUGCGACAGAAUAGAGUAAAUCCUGAUAUCACCAUUUACAAUGUGCUCCUUAGAAGUCUCUUCAUUGGUUCCCGGAUUGAAGAUGCUACAAAUCUCUUCCAGGAACUUGUUGCUCAUGGACCAGAGCCCGAUAUUGUGACAUAUAACACUAUGAUUUGUGGUUAUUGUUCUUCAGAUAAGUUGGAAAAGGCAAAUCAGCUUUUUGAAACCUUUUUUCGGGGAUCAAUCAGAUGCACUGUUGUUACAUAUAGUAUUUUGAUUGAUGCUCUUUGUAAAAAGGGUAGAGUAAAAGAGGCAAUGCUGAUGUUCAGAAGAAUGCUAGGCGAAGGCCUGAAACCUACUGUCGUUACGUACAGCUGUUUAGUUGAUGGGUACUUCAAAUAUUGUGGCUUGGACAGUGCCUUUGAAUUAUUCGAAGAGAUGUGUAAGAAUAAUAUUGACCCAAGUAUUGUGAGUUUUAGCAUCAUAAUGCAUGGGCUGUGCAAAAGAGGACUGAUUGAGGAUGCAUUGAGUACUUUCCAUGCUGCCGUUUGCAGGGGUUUAUUACCUGAUUUGGUGGCUUACAGUAUAGUUAUUCAUGGUUGUUGCAGAGUUGGGUGCAUAACCGAAGCUAGGAUACUUUAUGAAAGGAUGUUGACUGAGGGUGUAGUUCCUGAUCAAUUGUUAGAUGGAGUAGUUGCAGAAUAUAAUCUCUUGGAUCAAAGUAAGAAAGCUUCAGAAUAUAUUGUGAGAAGUUGAAGUCUUUCUUCACCCUAUUUUGUAAAGUUGACUGUCCCGAAAUAUAAUUUAUUGUGCAGGCAGUUCUUGCAUUUGUGAGUUGACACACAGCUAUGUGUCGUGUGUAAAUAAUUAGUAGGAACUUGGUGUCAUGUAAGUCAGUGUUCACAAGUUCGGGUCUGUUUGAUUCAACUUAUUUUGUUUUUUUAUCUUAUUUGAUCUUAUUUUUCAUUUUCUUAUUUUAUCUUAUUUUAUAGUUUA